GACUGGAGUUUGCUUUGUUUUAUAGUAUCUGUACUCCUUGUAUUUUUCAAGAGCUAUUUUGUAAACAGAUGAUGUAUUUCUCCAUUGAAAACACAAUAAAAAAAAAAACAGCACAAUCCCACAGUUGGCUGGUUUCUUUUGACUGACUUUAUUUCUCUUGUUUUUUCAGUGAUAAAUCGGUUCUACUUUUAAGUUUAUGGUAUGGCCAUAAGUGAAGAUUUGCAAAAGAAUUUACUUUGCUUACAUUUAGAAAAGAUUUGCUUCUGGUUAAUUUAUGCUGUUAGUGGCAGCCUAGUAUAACUGAUACCUUCUGUGAUCACUAUUUUUCAUAUAAAUGAUCAUUUGGGAGGAAAACAUGAAUGUAGUUACUAAUAAUUCACUCUCAGCUGUCCCAUUGUCUACAGUAUUUAUUUUGUGUAUGUAGACUAUAUGCCUUUUCUGUAUAUUUGUUUCAUGCACGUAGACAGUGUACUGCUGAUUCGUUUCCUUUUCAAAGCUUUUGGUUUUCAAUUAUUUCUAUGUCAGCAGGUGGCACUGUUGUUUUUCAGUGAGUUUAGGAUUAUAGACCACAAACCGGCUACGAUCUUCUCUUUCUCAUUUUACCAAACCCAAAUCAGAUACUGCUUUUCUUAAACCCCCAGAUGCUCAGCAUUGCAUACUAAACUCAUGGGUUAGGAGGGAACUGCUUUGUAUGUUUGUAAUGGCCAGCUCCUGAGUAUGGCUAUCUUAAGUGCCUUGAGUGGAGGGAUGGACCUCCUGAUGUUAAAGUCAUUAUUCUAAUGGACAUGCAGUCUUGUGUGUUUCGUUCCUGAAAUUCCAAAUUCUAAUACCUUUAUUAUAUAUAAAACAAUAUAUGACUGCAACAUGGGAUGACUUUUCAUUAAGCUUUUGGGAGUAUUAGGAAAAGGGAAGAUACUGUACAAAUUACCCUUUGCUCCACUGUUCACACCUACAGAGUUGAACUUGCGGGACUUCCUCUACCUCGAUAGACACCUAAACAUGGGACUGAAUAGCCCACUUUCUGACUUUGAUCACCCACAUGGUCUUUUGGCUUUUCAUGCAUCUUGCUGAAUUAGUAAAAAAAGUAAAAGGUGUGUUUUGUGGCUCUGGGUAUAUUCUGGAAUAAAGUUUGUAUUUUUCUAAUUAACACCUCUGUUUUUUUUCUCCACACAGAAAAAUGUUUUAGAGCUCUGCGUAGUAUUAAUUCUGGCUGCACUCAAGGUGGCAAUAAGUGAUCAGCAGCUCCAAGUAGUAAUUGAUGUAUGAAAGGGUAAAUCAUUAACAUACAUAAGCUUGUAGACCAAGCCCUGGGAAUGCUAACUGUUCGUGCACUUAAAUGCAUUUAAGCAAAAAGAGAAACUGUUUAUCUAAAAAGGCAUUGAAUAAUCCUUUGGAUAUACUUUUGCCUAUUUUAAUUCUAAUAAAAGAACAGCACAAGGAAAAUUAGUUGCUUUUAGCCUGAAUUGUAUGUUUUGGUAUUCUUUUUAAUUCUCUGCUUUAUUCCUUUACUGUUAGUUUUUUUUUUUUUCCAAACCAGAAUCACAAAUGGGUGCUGUCUUAAGAGCUGAACUUGUUGGUACAUGAAAUAUUAAGUGUGUUCUCUAAUAAACAUGACUUUCAGUCAUACAGCGACAAGUGGUCUGUUUAAUUCCGUGUGGUGUUUGUUUUUUAUAUAUGUGUAAUCAAUUUAUUCAUCCUUUCUCUAUACUUACCAGUUUAAACAUCCUUGUGACAUCUUACGUAGCUUUAUUGGCAGCAGGAAAGAUAGCAUCAGUAUUUCUGAGCCAUGUAUUUUAGAAGUGGUUGCGUAUACUUCAUCCUAGAACUGAUUUCAUAUACUUGGGAAGUCAUUUCAACUUCUGCUUCUCUUCCUCAGAGACAUACUUCUGUCUCAGUGUUCUGCGAACAUCAUUGUAGCUGAUCAGUGAUCAAUCAUACCUGGAUUUUGCUGAACGGGAUGGAAUUUUAAGUGCAUUUUUUUUCUUUCCUCAUCUCCCAAUUCACAGACCUUUCCUCAAAAGGGUAGAAUGAAGGCUGUGCUCAAGUUCACAUUUCAGAAAGCUCAGGUUUGUGUGAAAGGUGGUGAUUUCAGUUAUUAUGCUUUCUUCCUGCAAUUACCUUUUUAAAAAAUGAUUCACAUUUACAGAUAGCUAAAAAUCAUAUCUACAAAGGGCAGAGUAUUGUUUAGAUUUUAUAGCUUAACCACCAACUGUUUAAAAUGUUAACUUUGAAAGUAUACUUUAAAUAAGACAGUGCAUUCACUUUCCUUCUGUUUUGGGUAUCUUUAAAUUGCACUGGUAGGAUGGGAAAUGGAUCCUCUUUCGAAAUGAAAAAUAGAAGUAGUCUGUUGUGUGCUUUCAUCAAAGCUUUAUAUUUUUUGCUGUGAUAUUUCUAAGGUACAGGAUAAUCCCUUAAAUCAAAAAUAGUUUCCUCCUUGCCAGCCAGCUUAGAGUUUUGUUUAGUAUGUGUUGUUUGUUUUUUACUGGUGAGAAUGGAUUUAUGCUACACCCUCAACCCUCCCUCUUCCUUAGGUGCCAGAAUUGACCAGGGAAAGCCUAAGGGCAUGUGGAUUUUGAUUUACAACAUGGAAUAAAUGGUGAGGGUCUAGGAACCCCCACAGCUGAUUAAACCUGUGCUUGAACUUGCCACUGACAAUCUUAGCAGCAGAGUUGCUUUUUUCCACCUGAGCACAGACCUUGCAGCCGUAAGACCAGUGACCUGAGACAUACUACAGCAAAAAUACAUUAUUUGGAACAGUAGACUUUUUUUUAAAUGUAGUUGAGCUCAUACCAAUUAAGCAGUUUAAUGUCCUCAGCAUCUUCCCUACACACAGUCAUGCCUGUUGAACAGGCUGAGUGAAGAACCCAGGAACAUAGCCCCAGUGCACCCCAAGGAGCCACCCUUUGGAGUGUGGCCUUAAGGACUGCAGAAACGUGGUGUGUCUGGACCCAAGGGGUAGCGGAGAGGAGGCCAGGCUGUGCAGUGGUCAGGGGCUCCGGAAUUCUCCCGGGGAGGACUGGGUUCUGGCUGCUCCCCGUGGCGACUGGCUUCCUGCUGAGAUGAAUGCCCCUAUCAGAUGGUUGGAAAAAGCAAAUGCUGAGAGUGUUCAGGAGAGAGCAGUGCCGGACUCACAUGCAGCCUCCACAGUUCAUCCUUCCCAGGAGCGCAGCUGACUUCAGAGUAAGCCCUGUGACCGUCCCCAGUGGAGUUGGCACGAGAGGGUGCAGACUCAGGAGGGAGGGAAGACCACCUCUGCCACAGGUGGGAACUGUGCACCUGGGCAUCUGACGUGCGGGCACUCCAUCCCUCUGGAUCAGCCCUGAGUCUCUGAAUGGAGCCGUGAGCGGAAAGGGCUCCUGAACUCUGGGCAGAAACGUCGCACGGCCCACGCACCAAGGUGGCCCCGUCGUCUUCAGGGGCAUAGCCAAGCUCUCCGUGGCUCCCACAUGGCAUCGAUGGCUAACGUCUGCCAGAUUAUCCUAGAGGCCUUUAACUUCAGCUAAACGUCGUCCACACCUGAUCCCCUGUACUCACGGAAAGCCUGUCAGUGCGUAUGCAUCUUGGGGGCAACGGCCACGUUUUAGACUUCACUUUUUCUCAGCACAGCUCAUUGCAGGAAAGCACAGCCUUGACAUGACUGACCUUCUCAGGAUCUCCUGGAUCUUUCUUUACCUCUCUGAACAAAAGUUAGAAGAAAUGCAAAUCUAUUUGCAUGGGAACCCCCGCCCCCCACCCCAAAUUAAAACCGGCUUGUGUGUCUCUCAGAAAGUUAUUUCUCCUCUCUGGGCCUCAGUUUGUCCAUCAAGAAAAUGAGGCCGUUUGACUGGGGUGCUUGGGGGAGCUUUGGACUCCAAGCUCCUUUGGGUUUGAAGUCUCCUUUUCCAUCAAGAAUGUUUUUCCUCCCCAAACUGUGAUUUGAUGAAGACUUGGCCUCUCCUCCCGACCCAGGGGCUUCUUUCCUGCCUGGCUCUUGCCUGCCCGCCUGCACCCCCCCCCCCCCCCCCCCCCCCCCGCCGGAGAGCCCCACGGGCCUCCCUUUGUUCGCUGGCUGUGGAACUGGAGAAGGAUCCGGCCCCUCCCGGCUUCUCCGGGGAGUCCUCAUGAAUACAGAACCUGCCUUUUUUUGCAUAUGAGCACCAGUGCUGGUCUGAACCCAGCUGUGUGCAGCGUAAGGUGACAUAUAGAUUCCGCACCCCGGCCACGGCUCCUCCGCGCGACUAAUCGAAAAGCUUUCUGAGUGGGCCCACGUUGCAUAUGCAUAAGCUCUACUUUGGCUACGGGGUGGGUGGAGGGUGGUUUCACUCUCUUUUCCGCAGGCUCUCUGUGCUUCUUUGGGUUUCCUUCGAGUGCAGCAGGCCGGCUGGGCUGAACAGCUUCGAAGUGAUCUGGGAUCUCUGGACCUCUUGGGAUCUCUGGGACUUGAGUCUGGAACGGGAACCGAGCUCCUGCUCACCCACUCGGCCUGGCAGCAGGAGCCCCGGUUUGUCAGUAGUAACCUGCGGGAACAGGCCCGAGGGUGCCCUUCACCUCCUGCAGGACACAGAUCGAGCUCCUUUCCUGGAGCCGGAGGCCUUUCCCUGCCUGCUCCCCGCCCCCCCCCACCCCGGGUUUUCCCAUGACCCCUGUCCUCCGGGGCAUCCGGACUUACCUACCAGCCCCAGACAGGCCAGGCCUUCGCUUGCCUCGGAGCCUCCGCACUGCUGGCCUCCGCCCUGUCUCUGGCACGCCUGCGGGGGCCCCUCCGUGUUCCUGUAGCUCAGGGGUCUGCCUCCGGCACGCACCUGCACUUGGGGCUCCCAUCGGUCCCCACCGGCCCUGGGCCCUCCCUGGCCCCGGCCCAGGGCCUGCACACGGUGAAGAAGAUCCAGGGCCAAUGCUCUGGUAACUCCCCGGGUCAAGAGUUCAGUUUUAAAACCUUGCUGGAUCUCACCACAAGUGUGUCUUCUGCAGAGGCCGAGACGAGGAAGAAGAGCCGGUCUGCAGGGACCAUCCGGGCCCCUUUCACAGGAAACGGCUGAGUAGAGAGGCUGGGCCCGUGUAGGGUAGCCUUGCUCUUGCUGCAGCCACUGGCGAAGCUGCUUUCCAGGAAAGCCGACCGAUGCCCCUGCGGGAACGGCCGGGAAGUCGGGUCGCCCGUCACCCCGAGGCGGUGGGCGCUGCCUCCCCGCCCUCUCCCCUCCCUGCCCCGAACCCACCCUGCCGGCUCUCCUAGGCGGCCACUCUCCCCACUCCUGCAUUCGGAUAGCUGGAAGAGCGGAGGGGCUAAUGGAGUUUAUAUAGCUUCCCCUGUAUAUAUUUAGAGAUAAGUUCAUUUAGGGAUUAGGGGCUGCUUCUUGUCUAUGCAUCAUUAAGCAUACCACAUCUGCUUCUGAGCUAGCAAUCAGCAGAAUAUUGAGAAAAGUUAUAAAGAAAUCUUUGCGACGCUUCCUUUUCCUUCCCGGCUCCCCGAGUCCUGGCUCAGACUUCUGCGAGGGAGCGUAAGGGAGAAAGCGGAGCCCGGGCUCAGAGGAGCCAGCCUCAGGACCAGGCCCUGGAUUCGGAGCAGUGACUCCUCCGACGGGGACCCGCCGCCCUCACGUGCGCACGCGGGCGUGUGAGCAUGGAGGGUGGACAGUGGAUGGUGGCCGAGAGAUGACCUCUGACAGAGCUCCAUGCGCAUUCUCCCGUGGUGGCCACGCCAGGAAAGGCAGGGGGCUUGGUCGAAAGCCGGGGGGCCUCGGCGGUCCUGAGCACUGCUCUGUGGUCAGAGGCUGGAGACCAGCCUCAGGUACCAUCCCUCUGGGUGACCUUGACCAAGCCUCUCCCCUCUGCGGUCCUGUCUCCUUAUCUGCGCAAUGGGUAUGGUGGCAGAGGGCUGCCGGCUGGCAGGCUGGCCCUGGGCAGAGCAGAGGCACCAUCCUGGGCAUCUGGGUUCUGGAGGCACCGAGCUGCGAAGCGGGGGCGGCAGGUGCGUGCCCAGCCUCCUCGGCUCCUUCAGCAGGCCCCGAGAACUGGGUCGCCUCACCCCCUUUCCCUGGGGACCCGCGGCCCGCCUGGCCUGUUUGGCCCCGGGGCUGGAGGAGUGGCGGCCCGUCCGCCCGCGUGACAUGCGGCGCGUUAAACUGCAGGUGUCACUGUCAGCCCUGCAAUGGGGACUCGGCUCUCCGGCCACACGGCGGCCACAAAGGAACCUGCUCGCUCCCGGCUCGCGGGCUCCGUCACCAGCGGCUCGGCCAGGGGCCCGGAAGCGCGACGCCCCCUCCUGCGGCCGCCGCCCCCGGGAAGUGGAGGCGCCCUACCUCCCCCGCCGGAGGCCAAGCGCGUGCGCGCGGAGCCCGGGGAAGGCGCGCCCCGCGGGGCUCGUGGUCUCGGUCUCGGCCUGGCGGACCUCCGGGGCAAGAGAGGCGGAAACGGGUCGGGGGGCCGCUCGGGGCAGGGGCGGCACGCAGCCGCGUCCACGCGGUCAGCGCCGGCGGCCGGGGCGGGGCCGGGGCGUGCACGCGGUCGGGGCGCCCGGAGGCCUUGGGGACCCGGGGCCCGGGCUGGGCAGAGAGCCUGACCUGCAAGAGACCGAGCGCGUUUCCCUUUAUUGAGCAGCCAGCAAGGGAGGGGAGACCCGAGUAAAGGGGGGUGCCCCCACCCCGGUUCCUGGUAGCUCAGAGGGCGACCCCGCCCCCCUCACGCACCGCCAAGGACUUCGCGCUUCAGGCUCCAAGAGGCCCCUUCCGAAAAGUCCGUUUUUCAGAAAUGACCAGGAGGCUGCUGUUUUUCAGGGCAUUCACCCAGAAGCCACAUGCUCUGCGCUGCGCUGGCGGGGACAUGCCGUCCGCCAGCGGGCACCCCGGGCACGGCGCCCUGCCCGCGCGGCAGGUGUCUGCAGGGGCCCGGCGAAGCCCGCCCACCUUGCUUUGGGGUCUGCUGAGCCCCAACCUGCCCUCCCCCAUUUGUUGUGCUCCUCUUCUGUUUAAUUCUGCAUUUCAUCCUGGACACGCAAAUACCUCCUGGAACCAGGUUUGGGGGGGUCUCUAUCCGGGAGCUGGGGGGCCCUCGCCCAGGUCCAGUGGCUGCAGGGGAAGGGGCUGCGGGGCUCCGGGCUCCCUUCUCUUAAUUUCUGUUUAAAGAGAGCACAGAAAGAAGGGCGCGCGCCUGUGUGGGUGCUGGUGGGGAGUGAGGGCACGGAAUAUUUCCAGGCCUUGAAAAAUGAAGAAAAAUAAAUUUUUGAAUAAGAAUGGUCCAUGUACUGUGACCGCAGGGCAAAUGCAAAUGUCUGUUUUCAGACACAGACUCGUGAAUUCUUAUUAUGAGUUCGUGACGGCACCUCCGAGCCGGACAUUACAUAUUCAUCAGUGUGAGACACCUCGGCUCCCCACGUCAGGUGUGGCCUUCCCAGCACCCGUGUCCCUUUAAUCACCGGGUGGGGGGUGGGCGGAGAAGAAAAAGAGGGAGAAAACAAGGAAACCCAGGACUGGCCGCAUGUGGUCUGUUUCCUUCAGUCCUUAAAGUGUUAAGGGAAUAGGAGAUAAAAAGAUGCGUGCAGAAGAAGAAGCAGCCAGAGAUCCUCCACAAAGAUCUUUUUAGUGUCAACUUAAAUGUACACAAAUAGCGGAUGAUGAUCUCUUUUAUUGGACUAACAUUUAUCCAGUAAUAUCCACACACUUUUAAAACCAUUGAGGCCCCCUCUUCAGGUGUUCAUUUGAAUAGAAAUAGCUGAAUGAGUGUUUUUAUAAUUGAUCCCCUGAGAACUGAAUGUCUAGUGCUGCAUAACCAACAUUUUCCCAUUGCUGGGGUUUUUUUUUUUUUUGCCCCAAAUUGCCACUCUGCAAAAUUAGGAUUUUGUACAGUUUUGAUAAGAGAAUUAACCUCCCACGUGCCAAACUCCCCGAGUGUGAGAGGCUCCUGGGGAGUUGGCCUGUGUAGGGUCAGCUCCGCAGCUGGCUCAUUUCUGGGGGCUUUGCUGCCUCUUGGUUCCAGGGAGAACCUGGAUCGUGGUGGGAGGUGCAUCUGGUGGAGGAUCCUGGGCCCGGGAAUGCGGGCUUCUUACUUCCCCCUUUGUAUGCAGCAGGACCGACCUUGCACUCCCGGAUGGAUGGCCUGCACUGGCCUGGGGGUGCUUGGGGCCCUGGACCCUGAGGGGAGAACAGAAGACUUUUCUCUCCUUCCGGUGCUUUCUCCGGGCGCUGCCAAGUACUUUUAAUGUUCCACUAGUUUGGGGGUUAUGAUUGUAAUAUAUACUCGCUGCAGAAAAUUUGAAAACUAUGUAGAAAUAUAAAGUUGAAAACAAAUUUCACCCCAAUUCUACCACCCAGGGUGAGACAUUGUUGGAUUUCCUGCCAGUCUUUUUUCCUACGGGCGUGUAUUAAGUAUAUGUCUAUGAAAUUGGGAUCAUGCUGUACCUACAGUUUUGUCUCCUUUUUUCCCUUUGAGUGGUACGUACAAAGCAUCUCCCGCGUCUUUGAGCACGUUUGUUAGCAUCAAUGUGGCCAUCAGACAGCUGCAGUUGAAUGAAUUUAAUUGCUCCUAUUGAUGGACAGCGAGGUGAGAGCUCUUUUUUUUUUGACCACAUACAAAAGAAGUGUCCCUGGCCCUUCCAAGGGAGGCUGAUUUAAACCAGCUCAAGGAAGUGACUUAGGAAAAAAAUUCCCUUUGGGGCCCAGAAGGGAUAAAUUCUUCCCCUGAGCAGUGCAGGGCAGCCUUGGUAAGACACGCCCCUGGUGACCGGAGCCCACGACAGUGGCUAGGAUGCCUGUGAGCGGGGCCUGGGGUCCCCGUCCCUCCUGGGCCUCAUGUGUCCCUUCCCGCUCUGAGUCAAGUUGCCCUCAGUCCUGGAUUCAGUAGGCUGCUUUCAGCUGGAGGGAACAAAACCCCAGCUCAGCUAGCUUCAAAGGCAAGGACGGGGACUCGGUCACAUGACAGAUUCCCCGAGGUGGCCGCUCCAGGUUGGCUGAUUCAGCCACUGUGCAAUAUGGCCAGAGAAGCCCCGACUCUCCCCGGCCACCCUCAGCACGGCGGCUCCGCCGAGCCUGCCUCCCCCCAGUCCAGGCAUGCCAUCCAGACACGCCAACGGUGGGAAAGGGACUGUUUGUUCAAAUGGGAUUUUUGUUGUUGGUGGUGGUGGUCAGCAAGGACAUCUUUUUCCAGAAGGCCAGGCCUCUUUCCCUGUCCAGCUUCCCUCGCCUCUCAUUGGCUAAAACCACAUGCCCAUACCUAAGCCGGUCAUUGGCAAGAAGGGGAUUCAUCCUUCCCGAGGCCGAGGCUGACAGUUACCUGGGAAGGGGUGGGGGGCCCUGGGGGUGCCUUGGGAUGUGCACUUUGCCCUUCUGGGUGUAGAAUCCUGAGCCCCUGCACCCCAGCUUCCCCAGGCUCCUCUAGGCUGCGGGCAUUGACUUCAUCAAGCUGCGGUUUCACUCAGAACCCAAGGCAGCCUCACCAAGUGACGAGAAUGUUAACUAUCCUAGCCUCAGUGGUUGGUGGGGGCACUAGGGAUCCCGGAGUGCACCGUGAGACCUGGGGCAGCCCCGCUGGUGGCAUUCCCAAAUUCCAGUGUGCCCCAGGAGGCUCCGUGGUGGCUCUGCUUGGGUGGGCCCCAAGAGGCUGCCUCGUUGCUGUAGAUCCCCUCCCCUGCCCUCUGUGCUCUGCUGCCCUACUGUGUGCUUCUGCCUUCUCAGGUCCAACCCUCCCACUUCUGGAAACAGAACAUGAAUUGUCCUAUGGAGAAUCCCUGCUCCACAGGCAGCUCAUCUGGAUUGAGAGGGGCCGACCUCACCCCCACCCCAGUGCUGUGAUGGGUUCAGGGUGCUGGAUAGCAGCCACGGCAUUAUACCCCCAGAUCAGUCUGAUUGGUUACUAUGGGGAUGGGCACGCGACCCAACAUUGCUUCAACACGAGUUGAUCUCAGGAUGCCUGCUGAUCAGGGAUCAUGGGAACGGAGUGUGCUUUCUUUCCCCUGACGUCUCCAGGAUGUGAGCCCGGAGCUGGUGGUCCCCAACUCACUACUACAGGGGAGAGGCUGCCUGACAAGGAAGCCAACAUAGAAGAAAGCAGAGUUCGAAGAUGGAGAGAGACCAGGUCCUGAUGGCGUCCAUUGAGCCCCUAGAUCCGGCCACACCUGACAUAGUACUACCCCUGAAAUGAUCAUUUAUGGAAACCAAUAAUUUUUCUUUUCACAUGAACCAGAUUGAGUUGGGUUUUUGUUGCAACCGAAAAGAGUCUUGAUGAAGACACCCACCCAAUAGGUUGUUCUUCCAAAACCAGGAUCCCAUGACCAUGUUUUGAUAACCAUCCCUGAUCCUGGGGCAGGCCAGUCAGCUGACCCUGACUCUGGGUGCUAAAGCCUGAAGUCUGGUCAGAUCCCUCCGGGGGCCCCUUCCUCCAGUCCACAGAGCUGCUUCCCUUGUGCCCUCCAAAUGAUCUGGUGUCCGCUUUUGAGAAGAAGUCAGGCAGAAACAGGAAAGGCAUUUCCUUCCCUCUCCCCAUUGACUCCUCCUCUGCCCAGGCUUUCAUGACUCCAGGGAUAGUUUCCUGAUAAUUCAGCUGAAAAUUUCCGUGGCUCAGGUUCUGCGUCUCUGAAUUGUCCCCUCGGGCUCCUCUAACAACUUUGCUCCUUCCCGAGGCCCGCGGUCGGAGCGCAUCUCUGGCCACGUCACCGUUCAGCCAAGCUCGGCACAUUUCCUGUGUUCAUCCUUCUUCAUAAAUCAUGUCUCCAGCCUGCUAAUCACCGUUUACACAUUUCAAGGGAUGCUUUGCAAUUUUCAUCGGCUCUGGUGUUGAGAGGCCCAGCUCUUUUUCCGGGGCAAGUGCCUUUCCCUGCAAAAGGCUGCAUUCCCUGUGUCCAAAUGCUCCUGGGGCCAGUAGGGAAAGGAAACGGGGGGCCGUGGGGAGCAGGCCUGGUGUAAGUUGUGGAUAAUGGGGCGUGGCAAAAUCGUGCCUGUGACCUGCCCCCAGGGGGUGGUGGCCUCUCCGGGCCUGCCAGGUGUCACCAUGUGGGAAUCCGGCUCGGCGUUGGAGACGUUAUGAUCUCUUGGGGGAAGGUGGACAUCCAUGUUUUUAUGUGAAAUUUCCUCUUUUUUAAAAAGCUGCUGGCAACAAAAUAAAACAAUUUAAAUGCUGUGAAAACCAACUGUCUCUUAGACCACCAGCUUGUGACUUCUGUCCGAGCAGAUGAAUAAAGCGACGGGAUUAUCAGACCACAGAACGCAGGGUGGCCUAGUGGACGGACACUGGGCU